AUGUCUUCAGAUCACUUGCCUUCUUCAUCUCAAGUCUUCCAAGAACACUUCAUCAACAGUUUCGUCUCCAGGAAAUUGCUUCAGCAACUCCCAUUUGCUCACAACAUUCAACACCAACAGCAACAACAACAACAAGGUCAUGUACCCGACAAGAACAACUUGAGCGGUAACGUUCUCCUGCUUCUCUCCAUCCUUGUCUGCGGUAUCAUCUGCUCCCUAGGGUUGCAUUACGUAAUCCGUUGUGCAUUUAGACGUUCCUCGAGUUUCAUGAUCUCUGAUCCAAUCACUAGCCCGUCCACGCCACGAAGUUCAGCGGUGAACAAAGGCAUCAAGAAGAAAGCUCUCAAGAUGUUCCCGAUAGUGAAUUACUCACCUGAGAUAAACAUGCCAGGGCUCGGAGAAGAGUGUGUUAUCUGCUUGUCUGAUUUCGCAGCUGGAGAACAGCUUCGUCUGCUUCCCAAGUGCAACCACGGGUUCCACGUUCGAUGCAUCGACAAGUGGCUUACACAACAUAUGACUUGUCCUAAAUGCAGACACUGUCUGGUUGAGACAUGCCAAAAGAUCUUAGGCGACUGCGGUGAAGCUGAUCAGGUUGUAUCAACAUCAACGGAGAGCAUAGAUGUCAGAAUUGAUCCUCUAGAACCCGAAGCAAGAGUAAACACUUUUAGAGAAAGCAGCUAG